UCCGCUUCGCCAUUUUGUGCCUCUGCGCCGGCUAUUUAUCCGAGUCGUGACUGUUUGCUUCACUCUGCUAGUUAGCUGCCCAGACGGUUCCUGCUGUCGGCGCUGUUUGUAUGUAUCUCACGCCCGUGGCCUUCGAUAGCUUCUGUGAAGUGCCAAUUCUCUUUUUCACCCAUUACCGAUUAACAGUUUUGUAUAUUUAGUUUAUUUUUUUAUACGCAACUUGUCAAUAGAAAUAAUGUCUUCAGCUCCCGAAUACUCCCCGUUCUUCGCGGUCAUGGGUGCCUCUGCGGCGAUGGUGUUCAGCGCCUUGGGAGCAGCCUAUGGCACAGCGAAGAGUGGUACGGGUAUUGCUGCCAUGUCUGUGAUGAGGCCAGAGCUCAUCAUGAAGUCCAUCAUCCCCGUCGUCAUGGCGGGUAUUAUAGCCAUCUACGGCUUGGUAGUAGCAGUGCUGAUUGCCAACGGCAUCACAGCUGAUAUCAGUCUUUUCAAGAGUUUCCUCCACCUCGGAGCCGGGCUGAGCGUGGGACUCAGCGGGCUUGCGGCAGGAUUCGCCAUCGGCAUUGUCGGCGACGCGGGCGUGAGAGGCACAGCUCAGCAGCCCAGGCUUUUUGUGGGCAUGAUCCUCAUCUUGAUUUUCGCUGAGGUCUUGGGUCUCUACGGGCUCAUCGUUGCCCUCAUCCUGUCCACGAAAUAAAACACCAAGUCGUCUCCACUACAAGAUCUCUCUUUAUGUUGCUGCUGGAGGGAAAAAAAAAAAAAAAAGUAUACCGGGGGGGUAAAAAAUUGUAAAAAUUACUGUCACCCAAGAUGGAAGAAGUGAAGGCGGGGGAAAAAAAUAAUUGGUUCCAUGAAAAUGGUCUUAUCUCAACCAUCUGUACAGUCGUCCCAAUCUGAUAGUCAACUUGUAAAUGCGCAAUGUAGUGAUUUGUCUGUCUUGUAUGUGUGUGUGUUUGCGUGUGCGCGUGCGUGCGGAUGUGUUUAA